GGCAUGAGCCAUGUUACAUCUUGGGAUCAUGCUCCGGCCUUGUCCUACUACUAUACAUCGGUGGCCUCGUCAUCGCAAAUCCCUUAACAAAAAGAAAAGGACGUGUGUCGGUUUCGCGGUAAAUCAAAAUCGAACCACCAUGACAUUCAAGAUUGUCUGCAUACUCGAGAUGGAAACAGUGUACGGAUUCGAGAUCAGCGACGGAGACUCAUGGAGAUUAUCGGAAACAACCAUCACCGCUAGAUCAAACAGUCAUCUCAUGGGAAUGAAACCAGUUUACUUGGACGGCACUCUUCACUGGUUGAGAGAAGACGGGAGCGUCAUAGCUUUCAAUCCCGAGACAGAGCAAGCACGCUUCAUUCCUUCCAUAUUCCAUCACUUCCUUCCUUCCAUAUUCCAUCGUAGACGACCGAAUAUGCUUUUCGCGGAAGACAAUAAGAACAAUAGCUUGACCUUGUUAUAUGCAGGGACGAAAGAAAAUAUCGCGGUUUACACACUACUCGGGGAUUCAAAGUGGGCUCUCGCCAAGCAGAUCAAGAACAUGCCUAUCGACGAAAGAGAGGAUGUCUCCUGGAACUUGCUUGCGUACGAUGGCAAGUGUCUUGUGGUGACGAAGGUGAUUAAGAUAAACUUUGGAAUCAGUGGUUUAAUUUAUGUGUGCGACAUGGAAGCUAACAGCUGGAGAGUUUUGGGGUCAGACGUAUGUCUUACCUAUCAAGACGUGUAUAAGAUUACGCCCUCUUUGUUAUUUGUCGAAGAGGAUAAGCAACAUAAGGUGGUUGUAGCAUCUAAUGACAAACAUAUCUCCUAUCUAAAUGCUAUUAUGGGACUCAUUGAUUCAACCAAGUAAACAUUCUCAUGUAUAAUAAUAUUAUGAACCAAAUUU